AUGUGGUUAACUCCAUUUCCUUGCCCAUUCCUCAUCUCCGUACUAAUAGAGCCCCACAGAACUAGAAGCUCCAGCAAGAAAGCCGCCAAAAAGGCUCCUACCCCACAACCCUCCAGAUCCGCUCCGCAACCCGCUCCCCCAGCCGCGGCCCCAUGCUACCUCCUCUCCACCUCGCGGCGGCCCAUGGGCGAGAGCGAAGAAAUCAAAGUACUAGACCGUAGAGCAUACACACAGUUGCAUCUCUAUACACACCUUAACAUUAAAGAGAACCUUCUGGAGAGCCUCUUGGACAUCAUCGGCGAGUACCUCCCUGACCACCGCAUGCACACACUACACAAAGAGGGCAUCUGCGAGGUCCUUUGCAAAAUAAAAUUCCCACCAAACUUUUGCGUGAUACUCGACAACGCAAAGUAUAACAAGGACCACGUCGGCUUCUUCUUAUGGAAGGCCCAUAUCUUAGCCAGAGCAAGACAUACUAUGAGUAAGAGGAGAAAGGCCCAGUAUGCCCGCGAGAAGAGGAAGAAGGAUGGCGCUGAGAUUCUCCUUAAGGACUAG